AUGCCGACCGUGAUGAGUCCUGACGAUGCUGUAGAAGCACUCAAGCUCGAAGAGACCCGGUUCUCGGGCGAUGGCGGGGACUUGGCUCUAUUGCACUCGUUGCGGAAAGCCGAACAGGCUAUCGAGGUUGCGAGCUCGGAAUCUCUCUUGGAGGCUCUUCCCUCGAUACACGCUCUCUUUCUCAAACUCCUUCUUCCUACCCUCACGCCAACUCUCCCCAAACCAGGUCGACCAAUACGCCAUCUCCUCACACGAUGCCUGAUCAGCAUGCAUAAGAAGGUCGAGUCGCGGAGUCUCUUCGACUUUGUCCAGGCGGUACUGCAGGGGAUAACGGACGGAGGCGGGAAGAACAUGGGCAACGCGGAGAAUGUGAUGCGUGUUGCUGGGUGGUUUGUCGUGGGCGAGGUCAUCAAAGAGCUCGGGGCUAAUAUGAUGUCCUUCAUGGCUGAGAUCACCACCGCCGCGGUCAAGGUGCUGAGGAACAGCAAUCUCUCGAUCAUACUCCGCACCCAUGCCAUCCAGGCGUUCACCAAAUCCCUCAACUCCGCCGGGCGGGCUAUUCCCGACUCACUGGUCAAAGACACGCUUAAGGCCCUUCGAGCGGGUCUGCAGGAUAAGGCAUUGCCGAUCCAGCGGGCCUGUGCUGAGGCUUUCGUCGGUCUCAACCUUUACACCGCAGCAACGCCGCUACAGCCCAAUCUGGACGCGGUCCUUCCGCUCGUCUUCAAAAGUCUGGAAACGGCCGACUACCUCACCCGGCGAAGCCUCAGUCGCUUGUUGGCGCAUCUCCUCGCGAGGACCCAAGAGCCCGGAUCAGGGGUCCCGGCGGUGGACACGAAGAAGGCGGUAAAGAAGGAUGCAGAGGUGGAUGGGAACGAGCCGAAUGUCAUCACAUCUGCUCCAGAGGAUCGGACGGGUCGGACACUGCACACCACGCAGGAGAUGCUCAAGUGUCUCUCUGUGACGUAUAACAAACCGGCGACGCCUCGGAAGCUUCGGAACGCUAUCAUUGACGUUUACGCCUCCCUCUUCACCGCCCUCGGUCCUACGUAUAUCGAGAGCCACUAUACGGAGAUCGUCAGACACCUCAUCGACGAGAUUGUUCUCCCGGCUCGAGCGACGUCGACGCGGUAUGAGGUGCUGUCAACGCGAGAAUCGGUCAGGAUACUCUUGCGAGACCUGAUCGGAGUACGACUGCUCUCGGAGGCCGGUCAGGUGAUGGCCAUCCGGGAAUGGUCUAACACCUACCUCAAAGAGUGGUCCCUCACAACACUGCCCGGUACCGCCAACAUGCAUAAAUACGCCCUCAUCGUCGGUCUCGGCGAAGUCGCCGGACUCCUCGAGCAGCUCGGGAACGCCCCUCCGUCCAUCCUCGAGCUGCUGGCGGAGCCGCUUGUCCGGCUCCUAUCGCACGAGAGCUACUCGGUCCGGGUCGCCACUGCCUACACCCUCCGGCGAUUCUGCGCCAUCAAUCCCAGUCAGCUCCCGCGCAUGCUCAAUAUCCUCCUCGUGGACGUGACCAAGGAGCUGGCCAGCCUGGGCUCCCCAGCUGCACCGAGGGAGCUCCCUCAGCGGAUCCUGGGCAAGACGUUUGCGUUGUCGGCCCUGAUGGCGGUAUCGCCCUCCCGCCCGCUGUAUGUCUCGCACGACAUGUCGUCCAAGAUCUUUGAUCUCGCCGUCAGCCUGCUCAAGAAGGCAGGGGAUCACGACAUACCCACAUCCACCGUGGAAGUGCAGGUGGCGUGGUACCUCAUCGCCUCGCUGAUGAGCCUCGGACCCGGCUUUGUCAAGAUGCACCUCCCCCAGCUUCUUGUACUGUGGCGGAACGCACUGCCCAAACCAACGUCAAAAGACACCUCGGUCGGGGAGCGGGGCGGAGCCGAGUGGUCGUUCCUCCUCCUCGUCCGCGAGUGCACCCUCGCCGCGGUUCUGAACUUCCUCCGCCACAAUCAGUCCUUGGUCAAUAUCGACGUGGCUCGCCGGCUCGCCACGCUCUUUACCAACUCGCUGAACUUUGUCAACGGCUUCGCUACCGCCUACGCCGAAGCGCUUCGGGAGCAAGCGGCCACGAAUCCCAAUGCAACAUCCUCCCCCGCGGCUCUGAGCAACCACCCAAGUCUGGUCGAGAGAGAGGCCAAUCUCCGGCGGCGGGUUCUGCAGUGCUUCACCUCGCUUGGGCCCAGCAGCGCUACCGAGUCGAUGCAGUCCGCUCUGCUUCAGGCGGCCAUUACGGUGUUUGCCGACCCAGAGAAUUACUCUGGGUCUGCAGCGCAGGCGGCCAUUGCUGCUCAGGCUGGGCAAUUUCAGGGGGUCUGGGGUGCGGUCGAUGGCUAUGCCUUUGGCGUUACAAGCCUGCUGGGGUCGAGAGAGCUUGAAGGGGCGGACAAAGACGAGGGGUUCUUGAAUAGGGAUAAGAUUGAGAUGGCCAUCGAGAGUCAGCUAUCCCACCCCAUCAUAGGGUCGCUGGAGCACGACCUCCUCGACCUACUAUCUUCUCAGCCACUCUCCACGCCGCCUGCUCCCGCACCGACCCAGACCGGCGUCAUCGACUCUGGUGUCGAGCUGUUUGCAGCCAUGUUUGCACACCAGAAUGUCGAGGGAAUGGUCCAGUCACUAGGAACGCUGUCGAGCCACGUCAGAUCCUCGAAGCUCGAGAAGAACCCAGGACGUCGCCAGGCGGUCGUCGCGAAUACUAUGGCAGUUCUGCGGCGGAGUCUUGCCAAUGCCGAUGGAGCAGGACAGAGGGCAAAGAAGAUUCUCGGAAGUGUGCAAGUCAGCGAUAUGAUCAAGACUCUGCUCCAGGAGGCCGUCCUCGAUCCCCAACCCUCCAUCCGUCAAGCGGCCGCAGACUGCAUGGGCCUACUCAGCUCCAUCGCCGGCAGCAACUACCUCACAUCGCAAAUCCAAUGGCUCGUCGAUCAGGUCGUCAACAACCGUAUACCAGACUCCCGAGCUGGCUGCGCGCUGGCUUUUGGAUCAAUCUACUCCAACGUCGGCGGUCUCGCCGGCGGACCUAUCCUCAAAACCAUAGUCAAUAUCCUCAUGUCGCUAGCGACCGAUCCGCACCCUGUUGUCCACUUUUGGGCGAUGGUCGCUUUGGCUCAGGUCAUCAACGCGGCGAACCUGUCAUUCGAGCCGUUCAUCACCAACACCCUCGGUAUGCUAUCCAGCAUUUACCUGCUGGACACACAUGAGCCUGAUGGCGGAUCCCUAGGCAGCGUCAACCUCCGGGGCGAUCUACCGGCUUAUCAAGCCAUGUGCCGAAUCCUGCAUGCCAUUACGGGUGUCAUUGGUCCGGAACUGCAGGAGCCGGGUAGAGUCCGCUCCCAGGUUUUCUUGCUAGUUCACGAAUUCGGCGAGGAGAUAGACGAGGGGCUCGCUGUCGAGGCAAUCAAAUGCGUCCAGCAAUUCCUCAUGUUUGCGCCCGCCGAGGUCGACGUCCCCGGUCUUCUCGCCAAGUUCCGGACGCUCCUCGCAUCGAGUCGACGACCGCUCAAAGGCGCAACCAUCACAGCCCUAUACCAGAUCGUCCAGCGGGACGCGGUCCUCAUCUCCAAACUCGGCGGAAAUCAGCUAGUCGAAGACCUCUUUGGUCUGCUGGACGAUGAUCCGGGGCUGGAGGGGGUCCGAAACGUCAUCACUGCCUGGUUGCAGCAGACGGCGUCGUCCCAGCCCAGCGGAUGGAUCGACCUCUGCCAGCGGAUCAUGACCCGCACUGCAGCAUCGGCUGCGGCUCAGCGGGCAGCACAGGCAAAAGCGAACGGCCCGCAAUUCAUCGACGACGAAGGCGAGUCAUUUGCUGGCGAAGCGGGCGCAGCCACCAACUCUACCGGUCUCACCUCUCGAUGGCGGACUCAGCUCUUCGCCCUGCAGUGCCUGCACAAUAUCAUACAGGCCGUAGCGGACGGGAACCGUCCAGAACACUUUGACCCCAACCUCGCCGCCACUCUCGGCCUACCCACCCGACAGAUGCUCUUCUCGCGCGUGGCGGAUCUGAUCCGUAUGGCGUUCUCGGCCUCCGCGGCGCUCGUCAUGGAGGUCCGAUUGCAGGGUUUGGUCGUGCUCCGGGAUGUGGUGUUGAAGUUCGCGACGGCGGCGGAUCCGGACUUUGAGGGGUCUCUGUUGCUCGAGCAGCACCAGGCGCCUAUCGCUGCGGCACUCACUCCCUCGUUUGGGAGCGACUCGGCGCCGGAAGUGUUGGCGUUGGCUGUGCAGGUCUGCGCGGUGUUUGUGGGGAGCGGAGUGGUCAAGGAGGUAGGAAGGAUGGGGAGAAUCUUGAAGCUGUUGACUGGGGCUUUGGAGCAGUGCAAAGACGGAGACACUCUUUCUCUCGGCGACGCCAACAACCUCUCGAUCAACGCCUCAGUCAUGCUGAAAAUCUCGAUCUUGGCAGCCUGGGCGGAGCUGGAAGUAGCUGGUGUCCGACAGACGUACCUGAAGAAUGUCAUCGAUCCGUACCGAUGGCUCUUGGGUCCGCACUGGAUCGGGGCGCUGCGAGAUUACGCUGGUUUGCGAGCGGACCCGGAAAUGGGCAUGGGGAUGGGAGGUGGCGAUCUGGGUCAGGGCCUGGGCCGGGAUGUGCUGUUACCGUACUAUGAGCAGAGCGUACCGAAGUUGCUUCACGCUGUCGCCAUCACCUUGUCCAAGUCCGACCUCUUCGCUCUCGGCGCAAUGGACGGGCAGACCUAUAAUUCAUCCGCUGAGCCGGCUUCUGUCGCGUCCGUUCGCCCGGAACCCUGCGCGAGCUUUUACACCAUGUACGGGCUCGCGUUUGAGACACUCGUCAAGUCCAUGGGCGACUCGGCCACGACCGCCAUGGCGUCGGUCGCGCUCAGAGCAAUGACCAGUCUCGUCAAGCCUCAGCUCAGCGGUACCACCGUCUUCGACGGCGCGUUCUUCGACGAGCUCUGUACCGUCGCUUACCGGGUCGGCGUUAGCGAACCGGCCGUCAUCAAAGCGGAUAUGCUGGAGGUAAUGGCCAGCUCCGUCACCUCUCGCAAGGGCGUCAUAGCCACGGAUCAGGCGCAGACCCGACGCGCGCUGGCGGUAGUCACCUACACCCUUCGGCAGAUCAUCCCCAGCGCCGAGGUCCGGACGGUCUUCAACUACUCCGACUCGGCUCCGGAACGGGUGGCUUGCCUCCGAGCGGGCUUCUCGGCGUUCGGCUGGAUCGUGGACUGUAUUGAUCCGGUCCAGCGGGGAGAUCUGUGUGCGGUCGGCAUUCACCUCUUUGCGGACCUGCUCAGGGAGGAGAGCCCUAUGGAUCUGGCUGGGCCAUGUCUCCCGGCGCUGAAGGGGCUGGUGGAUCAGUGUGUUCUGGCAAACGGGGCCAUGGGGGCAAAGGUGGUUCAUGGGCUGCUCAGUGCUUGUCUGACCAACAUUGACGAAAUGAGGACACGAGUCAACUCCGUCGCCAGUAUUAAGAUUAAGAAUAACCUCCUCGCCAUCACACUCCUCAUGACUACCCUCUCCCCCUCGACACAAAUAUCCAAACCACUCAUCGAGCAAGUCGGCUACACCCUAACGCAAUACCUGGGUGCAGGUUCCGAGCGGCCAGAGCUGGGCCUGACAGCUAUCCACUGCGCGACCACCUUCCUCGCCACCAGUCUCCGACCGGCGGGGCCAAACGGCCAAGUCAGCCCCAUCCUAUCGCAUACCAGCCUGUACAUCCUCCCGGGCCUGGUUGGCUAUCUGGCGGAAGCGGUCGUCGCGUCCGCAACGGCCGAGUCGGAAGCCGUGGUGAGAUCCACCGCGGAGGGAGUCAAGGAGGUCAUCAAGGCUUUGGUGACCUGGACGAGCGGUCUCUCGGAGGAGCUUCGACCUCGAGGCUACUCGGUCCUUCUCCCUAGUCUCUCACUACUGCUCGACCAAUCUCCGGGACAGCAAUCGCAGCUUCACCUGAUCGCUACGACCACACUUCUCGGGCUUGCGCAAAAUAACCCAAAGGCCUUCCGAGAUGCCACCAUGGGAAUGGAGGAGGCGGAUCGUGGUAGGCUAGAGAAGGGGAUCAGAGAUGCUGUGGGGGGAGGGGCGGCGCAGAAGGCAGUUGGCGGAUUAGGCGCGGAGAAGAAGGGUAUAGAACUCAGGAGCUUCGGGUAG